GAAGAGCUUUGCUUCCCAUGACGCAGCGCGCAGAAGGGUCAACUGGGAUAUUUCUGGUAAAACUGAAAGUGGGAGGAGCUGCACGCCCGCCCCAAGGGCCAGUGAACGGCCGGAGGGGGUAUUUGGGUGACAGAUGGGUGCACCUCUCAUCUGAGAGAAAAGAGAGACCUGUUGGCAAAUCAACCUCAAACCUAAGAUUGCUGUGAAGCAAUAGUAAGAGCAGACACACGCCGGAGGGGAAGAGUGACAAGGCAAGACGGAGCGCCCGUGCCGACAGCCCCCGCCAUUUACCCCAACCCGCCGCAAAGAUGUCUCUAAAACUGCCCAGGAACUGGGAUUUCAAUCUGAAGAUGGAGGCUGUGAAAAUAGCUCGGUCCAGGAGCGUGAUGACCGGUGAGCAGAUGGCGGCCUGUCACCUGUCAGCCACCCCCAACCCACUGGAGAGGCCCAUCAAGAUGGGCUGGCUGAAGAAGCAGAGGUCCAUUGUGAGGAACUGGCAGCAGCGGUACUUUGUGCUGAGGGCACAGCAGCUUUACUACUACAAGGACGAAGAGGACAUGAAACCUCAGGGCUCCAUAUAUCUACCAGGAAGUGCAAUCAAGGAGAUUGCCACACACCCUGAGGAGGCUGGAAAGUUUGUCUUUGAAGUCAUUCCAGCCUCAUGGGACCAGAAUCGCACAGGACAGGACUCUUAUGUCCUCAUGGCCAGUUCCCAGGCAGAGAUGGAAGAGUGGGUCAAGUUCCUCAAGAGAGUUGCUGGCAUGCCCUCUGGAGUGUUUGGCCAGCGCCUAGAUGAGACUGUGGCCUAUGAACAGAAAUUUGGGCCCCAUCCAGUGCCCAUCCUGGUGGAGAAGUGUGCAGAGUUCAUCCUGGAGCAUGGCCUGAAUGAAGAGGGCAUCUUCCGGCUUCCUGGGCAGGACAACCUGGUGAAGCAGCUCAGGGAUGCUUUUGACGCCGGGGAGCGGCCCUCCUUUGACAGGGACACGGAUGUGCACACUGUGGCUUCCCUGCUAAAACUCUACGUCCGCGAUCUUCCAGAGCCCGUGGUUCCCUGGGGCCAGUACGAGGGAUUCCUGCUCUGUGGGCAGCUCAUGAAUGCAGACGAGGCCAAGGCUCAGCAGGAGUUGAUGAAGCAGCUCUCCAUCCUUCCUCGUGACAAUUAUAGUCUCCUGAGCUACCUCUGCAGGUUCCUGCAUGAAAUCCAGUUGAAUUCUGCUGUUAACAAGAUGAGCGUGGACAACCUGGCUACAGUGAUUGGUGUGAAUCUCAUCAGGUCAAAAGUGGAAGACCCUGCUGUGAUCAUGAGAGGGACACCUCAGAUCCAAAGAGUGAUGACAAUGAUGAUCAGAGACCAUGAAAUCUUGUUCCCCAAGUCCAAGGAUGUACCCUUGUCACCCCCUGCCCAGAAGAAUGACCCCAAGAAGGCCCCUGUGCCUCGCAGCUCUGUGGGUUGGGAUGCCACUGAAGACCCUGUAGUUUCUAGGACGGGCAGCUUCAAUAAUGUAAGAUGCAUAACAAGCGACUCAGAAGCCACCAGCCCCUUUGGACCACAGAGCGACGGGCUCCUGGACGACAGCAGCAGAGUGGCUAGGGACAAACCGGGAGACUGGAAGAUGCAGUCGCGAAAAAGGACUCAAACGCUUCCUAACCGGAAGUGUUUCCUGACAUCAGCACUGCAAAGCCCGAACAGCAGCAAGAUGGAGAUCUUUCAGAAUGAGUUCUGGUCCCCUUCAGGUGAAGCGAAGGCAGGGGAAGGACACAGGAGAACCAUGUCUCAAGAUGUGCGCCACCUUUCUGAUUCCCAGCGGACUUCCACCUACGAUAACGUCCCAAUCCCAGCAGGGUCCUCACAGCAGGAAGUGGUUGCUGUCUCUUCCCCUGCCUGUGACACCAAGGGAGACACCCUUGCCAGCCCACACUCGGAAACUGGGUCUGGAAAACAGAACUCUGAAGAAGAGGAAUUUCAGUCUCUGCAGAGGGUGGUCCGGGAACUGCGGCAGGAAAUAGAAACACAAAAGCAAACGUAUGAGGCACAGAUUAAAAACCUGGAGAAGGAAAAUUAUGAUGUUUGGGCUAAAGUUGUGAGGCUCAAUGAAGAACUGGAACAGGAAAAGAAGAGAUUUGCAGCCUUGGAAAUCAGGCUCCGUGACGUGGAACGUUCCCGGGAGGACGUUGAGAGGAGGAACAAGGUUUUGGAAGAGGAAGUCAAGGAAUUUGUCAAGUCCAUGAAGGAGCCUAUAACUGAUGCUUGAGGACCCCAGGGGCACCACAUAGACAUCUCGGAGACACCCAUCUCAGCCCUCUUAGUGCUCCUUGACAACUGGGAAGCAGAGUUACUCCCCAAUAGGAAAAGGACACCUGGGAAGAAAACCCUGCAUUUCCCAGCAAAUAGAACUUGACGCGGUUUGCAGGCAAAUGUGAGCUGGGACACAUGUGGUCUUCCGUGGCCACCGAUGGCUGCAUCCAAAGGGAUUGUUAUUCUACAGUGGCCUCAGGAUUUGUGGUCUGGAACCUCCCUUUGCUGAAUGACCAAGUCCAAAAGAGCUAUCUGAGGCAGGCUGGCCCUCCCCAGAGGCAGGACUCAGGAUUUAUAUUUUUGGUUUUCCCUAGGGAACAUCUCAUCUUGCCAGUUGACCUCAGGGCAUCUCAGACACAGGGACAGGAAAUGGUAUUAUACAGCAUUUAAGUGCUCAUUCCGGGAGGACUGUGUUUUGGGGAGGCUGCACCUGCUAAAGUCAAAAUCUCAUUCUACUCCCACCACAAUGCACAUUCUCCAGGGGUUCUCAGAUUUAUUGGGACUAAGAAAAAACAAGCAAUAAGUUGUAUUUAUAAAACCAAAAUUAAGUGGCAAACUUGCAAUCAAAUAAAGGACAAAAACAA